CAAAGCACUUCAGCUCUUAACUCACAUGCCAUGCCGCAAACGACAUCGAAAGCCUGAAUGACCAGUCGAAUAGCCAGUCUAAGUGCCGGAAAUGGGGUCAGUAGGUGAGAAGAAGCAAGAUGCCUCUUCGGCAGCCAGAAUCCGCGAUAACCAACGACGCAGCCGAGCUCGUCGGCGCGAACUUGUCGAAGAGUUGAAGGCCCGGGUUCGUGAGUAUGAACGCCAAGGUGUGCAGGCAACCGUGGAGAUGCGCCAGGCAGCUCGCAGAGUGGCCAUCGAGAACUCGCGGCUGCGCGCCCUUCUCUCCUCCCAUGGUGUGACCGGCGAGCAAGUCGACCACUACCUGGCAUCAUUUAAUGACCAGCCGUCGUCGGAAGCUGAGCCAACAGUAGCAUUGGCGCCGCGACCACAGGAGACGGGCGCGCUGCACGCACCACUCCCACGACUAGACGGAAUCCAUGCGAAUGGCCGGGCAUCAUACGGAGAUGAGUCAGCAAGCAGUCCAUACGGCGCGGAACCGGUGACCGCCACCUCCCAAAGAAGCCCAAAUGCAAGCAGUAUGAGCCAAGCAUCACCGGCUGACGACAACACGGUUGUCGAAAUUCCCGCGAGCGACUAUUACUCGCCCAACAAAGCCCCAAUCUCCGCUCUGGACACGCUGGCAGUUGUGGCCGACGCGAGCAUACGGCAGACGUGCUGCGGACCAACCACUCAGUACACCCCAGCCGACGACCGAGACGUCCGGAAAUAUGCACCCAUAAGAGCAGAGCCAGCCCCAUGCAGCAGCAACGGCGGUGACGGCUGCGACUCAGCCUCACCGUUACAGCUUCCAACUCCAGGCUCCAUAAACUCUCACCCGACGACGACGACGAGGGGUUCUCAUUUCGAGAUGUCGUGUACGGCCGCCGCGCACAUCAUGGCCAGCAUUUCCCGGGACGGAAGCGAGGAGAAGGCCCGAGAGGCGAUGGGAUGCUCGGGAUCUGAGGAGUGCCUUGUCAAGAACACGGUUCUAUUCCAGCUUCUCGACAGUUUGGGGGCCCUGUGAGGGAUUUGACAAAUGCAUCAGGGCAGAGCUUAACAACUGUGUGAGGGCGUUGGCAGCAUUUAGAAAGGCAGAUUCAAAUCGAGUUUGGAUAUCUUUACCCACCUUCUGCGGCUUCUUUUUGAAGCAGCGCCGCCCUACUAAGCACCUUGCUGGUGUCUCGGUCCUAGAAACAAGGUACCUCAGGUACCUUACCGUAGUUCAGGAGGCGUAU